AUGUCUCCCAGACGCAUCUCAGCGAAUGGUUACGCGCAUGAUGGAGGAUACGAGGCGAUCCCUUUGCCUCAACUUUCGCGGAAUGUCGAACAGGGUCAGACGGACGAUGUGGACAUUGACGAAACCCGAAGCAUCCGUCUCCGAAUGAUGCGCCCGAUCGCCAGAACCAAGAGGAAGAAGUUGAUUUGGAAAAGAACCAUUCUCGGCUUCCGCUGCUUCUUCGGGGUUGGUAUUGUUUUGAAUGCUGCAUUCCAGAUCAUGCUCGCCUUCACAGACUCAAAGGAUUUCGAGGUCGACAGUCCGAACUUCCCGCUUUAUAAAAACACCCGCUACGGGACAUGCCCAACCGUUGGCAUGGAAUCUGUCGACUGCACGGAGUUCACGAACCUCACCUACACAGAGUCGGCGAGAACUUGGGCAUUGAGGGCACAUGGCCCGCUUGGAUCGAUGGAAGGACUAUGCGAAGCUGUAUACUGCCUCCAGGGUUUCAAAAUCGUACCCUCCGUCCCAUUGGAAGCGGCUUUCAGACAGGGAAGCCUCGGCCUGUGGCUGGCCAUCAACAUUGCUGCCACAGCAGCAUUCGAGUUCUUGAAAUCCGAAGCUACCUUUGAGCAACAUCUACCGGAGGACUGUAAAGACAGGCCUGUGUUGAACUGGACCAUACUCACACGUUGUUACACCCUGGCUUCGUUCUUCCUGUGGUGGUACGGUUAUCACAUCUUCAACACCUCCACCACGAACAUCCAACCGAUCGGCGCCUUUGCGUGGCUAACAACUUGGCGGUUUGCAAACAACUUCCAUCAUCACCCAGUCAGGUGCGCGUUCCACCGCUGGCCCAUUCUUAGCAAGGUUGUUUUCGCCGCGCUAUAUGUCCUAGCAAUAGCCCAAUGGAUCGCCUGCGCGCGCGUCUUCACCACCACAACAGGGUUGAUGUUUGCGGAGAGGACCCCCGGCGGCUACCAGUGCUUGGAAGAACAAAUCGACGCCGCUCCUAGAUCGUCACCAUGUUCCCCGGCCGAGAUCUGUGCCAUCGAGAGGCUGUUCGUGGCCCAGGACUUCGAUGUUGAACGGACGGAUUUUCGUUGGUACCCGCUCCUGGUACUGACUUUCUGCCUCUUAUCUUUUGCAGCUGCUGCGGAUGUCGUAUGGUCAAUCGGUUUCGAGGUUUCUGUUUGCGGGGGCUGGGCCGGCGGCCCAUACUGUUGCCAGGACGACAUAUUCGACGUCUUUCCAUUAUCCCACCUGACGGACUUCGCUUUGACAAUGCUGAGUAUCGCCUAUUUUGUUAUAGGCGUGAGGGAAGCCGUCGGGAGUUUGCUGUACGACGAUCGAGAGUCACGCAUCUUGGUUGACGUAGCUUGUCGUGCGGUACAUUUCGAGAUGAGUUCGUGGAGGCAAUUCCUCGAUGUCAAGUGGAAUAUGGCCUGGAGAUUCACGAAGCUUUGGCUCAACGCGUAG